ACGGUCGAAUCAUUCACUCAUUGGUUCGUUAAUGAAACACUCUUGUCUGUCUGUCGAUCUGUACAAGGGCCGUCCAUCCAGGGAGGGAGGCAAGGGAGUUCCACCAAGCGUAGAGUAUGCACACGCACACACACACACACCCAGCCCGUCCCACCCCCCCCUCUUGUUUGUCUACACCACACCCAUCUCUCUCUCUCUCUCUUUCUUUCCAUCCCUCCCCCGUCUUGCGCCGUCGGGUGAGCUACACCGCCUCGCCGCCACCUAUAGCGAACUAGCCUGCCAUCAUUGCACACACACGACGAUCAACACGCAUGUGCGCAUGACGUUCUCACACCUCACCCCCACUCCCUCUCACCCACCUGUGCCGCCGCCAUCGCCGUUGUCGUCCUCAUUGGGGUCCUCACCGUCGAACACUAUGGGUGCGAUCGGUCCCAGGACGGGGCGCGCCAGGGCGGUGGUGCGGGGUAACCGGUCCUUGAAGGGCGCAUCAGCAGACACACCCACUGCUGGCGGCUCGGUCGUCAACACCCUAGCACACACUGCAGACACACAGCACAGCGGAAUGGGCUGUCUGUCCAAGUGACACUCUGUCGUCUGUGGCUUGCCCUGUCCAUUCCCCAAGUCUCCGAUGGCGAUGUAUGCGAUGAAUGGGUGGUCAAACGGCGUCAGCAGCAGCUCCUUGUGUGGUGCGUCGUGAAUGGUAAAUGCUAUGACGGCCGUGGUGCCCUCGACCGGCUGGUGGACCGACUGGUCGAGCAGACCCGCCAACACGCCGCCACGCACAUCGCUGCAGACAGACACACACAGACAGGCAAUGAAGCAUCAGGGACGACCACAAUCGGUGUGCCGCUUCCCGACUGGCCGACCGGUCUAUGAAUUGCUCGGUGAGAUGCAUGUCGUCAAUUGUGCGCGCCAGGAUGGUGCUCAUCAAAAAGGACGAAAAUGACGCCUCGGUGUACAUGUCAUCAGUGUACCAGGCGUGUUCCUCCUCGUCGUAGUGGCCGAUGUGGUGUCGGACGGGGGGGUCGUGGGGGCUGGUGUGUGGGUGGUAGGGGUGGGCGGGGGGCAGGGGGGUCAGAUUGAGGCGGUACUCGGGCUCGUCCUUGAUGGCCCGCAGGUCGCCAUUGCCGUGGUCGAACAGCUCAAAUCUGCCCCGCUCGCCACCGAAGUUGACUUGGCGGCCGACGAUCUUCCACAGCGCGACCACACGCGGCUCAGCCAAAUACGCCUGACGUCACACACAUCCGUUACAUCACACACACAGAGAUGAGUGCCACCUAUCCGUUCCCUUCGCCUUUCAGCCCACUCACCUGUUUGCUACGGUGUUUCUCUAAAUCAUGCUGUGUGACGAUGACCGGCAGCUCACAGUAGGUGAGCUGAUGGGCCAGCCGCAGCGCGUCGGCCGCCUCGUCCCACCGCUGGCACUCCACGAGCCACCACGCCUGCACCCACGCACACACAGACACACACACACACACGCAGAGUAUCCAUCCAUCCAUCCAUCCCACGUGUAUAGGGCACCCACACCUGCAGCAGCAGCUUGCUCCCGAGAUUGUCUACGUCGAAUGUCACUACGGCAUCCAGCGGCGUCCCGUCGAUGAGUUGGGUGUCGUGCAGGGCGCGGCGGAGGCGGCGGCGGAGCACAGCCGGCUCGAAGUCGACGCGCGAGAGGAACCGGGCGCUGAUUCUGAGGUUGCCGACCGCCUUGAUCUUGUGCAGUUCAUCCCUGCCCUCUCGAUGAAUGACGUCGAGGCUCUGGUUGCGGAUUGCAGGCCAGUCCUGCUGGCUGCUCGUCCUCGGCACUCUGUUGCCCAUGCCCUCACGUCCCC